CCCGGUCCAGCCAUGGCGGCGGCCGGCGCAGCGAUGGCGGCUGGCAGCGCCGUGUGGCUCGGCGGGGACGCGGUGGAGUGGGUGCUGUGCCCCUACGAUGUCCAUCACCGUGUCCCCCGCGCGUCGCUGGAGAGGCACGCGGCGUCCUGCCGGCUCCGCAGGAUGGGAUACUCCGCCGAGGAGGAGGCCGAGAUGUACGACUCCAGCUUUUUCUACGAAAACUUGAAGGUUCCCACCGUGGCCAUGGAUAAAGACCUGCAGUUUCACAUUGUUAAGCAGGCUAGAGCCCAAAGUGCAGAGGAAGGUGCAGGCUACAGCGAAGGAUCUUACUCAUUACUGCCCAUAGAAGUUCCUCAAAACCACAAGCGUUUCACCUGUGACCUGACCCAAGCUGACCGCCUUGCUCUUUACGAUUACGUUGUUGAGGAAACAAAGAAACAGAGGUCUAGAUCCCAAAUAACGGAAAAUGACAGUGAUCUCUUUGUGGAUUUAGCAGCGAAAAUCACCCAAGAUGAUAGUCAGAAAGGUCCGAAGUCCCAUCUUGAAAUUCUGGCUGAAAUGCGAGAUUACAAAAGGCGGCGGCAGUCAUACAGAGCUAAGAAUGUUCAUAUAACAAAGAAGUCCUAUACUGAGGUGAUUCGGGAUGUGAUUGGUGUACAUAUGGAAGAACUCAGCAAUCAGUGGCAGGAGGAGAACAGGUUGGAUAAUGCAGAGAUGUCUGAAGGAGGGAAGUCGAAGUCUUCAGGAAGUUUAUUUUCAGAAGGGAAGACAGGCGGUCAGCUUCAGUGGACUCACGGCAGUCUGGGGGAAGCAGUAAGGAUAUGGAGUGCACAAGACACAGGAGAGACACCAGCAGGAGUCCAAGUAAACGAAGAAGGAGUCGUGAGAGAGGCAGAGACUCUCGAAGAAAAAGAGAGAGGGAUGAAGACAAGUAUCACAACCAUAAAAGAAGAAAGUAGAAACAAGAACCUGAUGAUUUUGUUCAUCAGGUGUUCAAAACAUAACUUCCACAAGAACUAUUGUUAUUGCUGUUUUGCCCAAGACAGUAAAGGUGUGCACGUAAUAUUGGUGUUGCAUCGCACCUGUGCUGCUUGGAGACAAAAAAGUGCUAAGGUUUGUCAGGAUGGAAGCAGUAUAUUUCAGAUAAUGUGUAAAUCUGUACCAUUUGUACAUCUGUUAAUAAAUUAUAUUGAUCUCUCAUGUAGUUGAGUUAUAUUCUGACAAGGCUGAAGAAUAAAAUUUAUGAGACAUUGUAUUUACUGGCCUUCCUGGCCCAGAGGUAGUGGAUAUAGAACAGAGCUAAUCCCUGGAGUCCAGAUCGGUUACAAACAGGGAAGGCAUGAAGAGAGCUCCCUCUCCUACCUAACAGUGUCACAGUGCUUACUUACAGAAUGUACGAGAGGGCAGAUUUCAGAGUUCUCCAACAGGAUAAAACAUCUUCAACUACAACUGCUUCAACUACUAAAUUAUAAAAUACUUAACUACUACAUGGACAGUAACACAAAUGUUAGUGUUCCCAAGCUCACGCUCAAAGAAAAUUUGGAUCAAUAGAAUCUGGCAAAGGUGAUGAGAA